AUGUCAAACACAUCCAAGAACAACAACAACAAAGAUCAUGAAGCACCUUUAAAUAACACUUCUUCUCCCUCCUCAACUCAAGGUGGAGGAAGAGGUGGUCCCCAAAACUAUGCCCCACAGCAAAUGAAUGGACCUCCACCACAGUUCCAACAACAUGGUCAGCAACCACCCCAACUCCAACAACCACUUCCACCUGGCAUCCAACAGCCACCCCUUCAACAACAACAACAAGGCCAACCACAACAAGGAGGAGGAAGAGGACAAAAAGGUGCACCACAUUCAUACUCCAACUCUCCACAACAACCACAACAACAACAACAACAACAACCUCAACAACAGGAACAACAACAAGCUCCACAACAAUUACAACAACAACCACCACAACAACCAGCUCCACAACCAUCUCACAAACAACCAUCCCAACCACAACCACAGUCUGUUAUCAACUCUACCAUUCCACAACGAACACUGUCUGCUCCUCCAUCACUCGAAGAGAGUGGGCCACACCACCCCCAAAUGGGCAAGGGUGCUCCAUUUGUCCCACAAAAAUCAAUGGGUGGUCCACCCAUUUUUACCCCACAAUAUGCACCAGUAGGACCAGGCGGAUAUAAACAAAGACCACCAUAUCCAGUAUAUGGUGAACCAGUUUAUGGAAUGUACCAACCACCACCCGGAAAUUACUAUCCCGGACCUGGUUAUGGCAUGCCCAUGCCAAACGACCAGUUUUACCCCAGUCAGAUGAUGCCUCCACCACACAUGUCUACUCCACCCAUCCCAGUUGCCAAGAUCACUCAACAACCCAGAAAGGUAUUGACGAUUAUCGACCCAACCACCAAGGCUACUGUCGACAUUAACACCUCGCCACCAAAGCAACCACAACAACCACAGCCACAACAACAACAACAAUCACCACAACAGCCACAACAACAACAAACAACUCCUCCAGUUGCUCAAUCACCAUCGUUUAGUUCAGGAUCAAAGGGCUAUCGUAACAAGAAACAGGAAAAGGAAAAGGCUGCUGAAAAGGAAAAGGCUGAUUCUGCCGCUAGCUCGGUUGCAUCAUCAACUGAUAUUUCAUCAUCUUCAUCAACACCUAGUAACGAACAUGUUGAGCAAGUUCCAACUACUCCAACUCCAGCAGCAGCAGUUGAACAACCAAAGUUGGAAGAGGUCAAGCCAGUAGUUGAAUCAACUCCAGUGGUAGCAGAAGAGAUUGCAACACCAGUCCAAUCUGAAACACCUGUUGCUGCCAACGUAGCAGAUGAUGUUAAAAAAGAGGAAACUACAAAUACCACAUCGGCAGCUGCCGAAGAGGGAGAGAUUGUCGAACCGGCUGCUGCACCAGCAGAAGAAGAGGAAGAGGAAGAAUGGGAAAAGAAGGGUGGUGACGAGCCAGUUGCCAACAGUUCAUCGUCAUCUUCCAACAACAAUAUCAUUUUGUCGUCGUCUGGCACCAACCCAUUUGCAUCGCGUAGCAGCGGUGUCAUUAGAUACUCUAAUGACGAGAUGUGGAAGCUCCGUCCACAGCAUAUGGAAGCACGUCCAGAGCUCAAGGAUCUCUUUGCAGGUGCUUCAGAUCCAAUGCAAAACAAGUAUGGUCCACAAGGCGGCAAGCAGGGUGAAAAGGUCUUUACCGGCGUCAUCCACCAGAUCUUUGAAAAGGCCAUCUCAGAGGCCAAGUAUGUCACCAUGUACUCUAAUCUCUGUAAAAAGAUCUUUGAGUAUGAACGUAUUGAAAAGGAAGCCGACCGAAAGGUCCGUAUCGAGCAACUCGAGAAACAACUCAAGGACGGCGAGAUCGCCGAGAUGCCCACCAACUUUGUCAUUGACAAGGAUUUCAAGCCAACCUUUAGAACGUUGCUGCUCAGUACCUGUCAAGAAGAGUACGAAAAGAUCCAAAAGUUGUUUGAGAGCGGCGACGAAUGUCCACCCAACCUCACACCACAAGAGAUGGUCGACUGGGAGGAGAAGCAAUUUAUUCAACGUAAAAAGUUCUUUGGUUUGAUCAAGUUUAUUGCCGAACUCUUCAAGCAAGAGAUGUUGUCUGAAAAGAUUAUCCACGCCAUCUUGAUUGCUUUGAUGGGUGAGCUUGUCAAGCCACAAGAGAUCAACUUGGAAUGCUUCUGCAAGUUGCUUGCCCCAAUUGGUGCCAAGAUUGUGUCGCGUAAGGACCCAGAAGUCGAGAACUUUAUGAAGGGCUACUACCAACGUAUGGAGACCCUUAUCCAGUCCCCCAACCUUUCACAACGUAUCAAGUUCCUCAUCCAAAACGUACUUGAUCUCAAGGACAAGGGAUGGAAACAAAAGCCAGAGGAUCUUCCAAAGCCUGCCAAGGAAGAGCGUAACCUCGAGGAGGAACGCAAGCAGACCACCGGUGUCCGUUCCAACCAAAAGAACAAUAUGUUUGCCACACCCAUGUCGUUUAACCGUCCCAUCUCCAAGCCCGGUCUCAGCACGUCACCUGUCACUAGUAUCAACCCACCCAACAAGUUUACGUCCAAGCCAGUUGCAUCGGUUGCACCCGUCCCCUCGAUGAACAAUCCAAACCCAUGGGGUGCCAAAAAGUCGCCUGCCAACCCACGUGCUGCCACCGCCACCACCCCCGCAGCCGCCUCCAAGGACAGUGCCUCGUCAAAGGCAUGGGAUGACAUUCAAAACGCCUUGAACGACGUCGUCGAAGAGUAUUUGGAAAAUGGCGACAAACAAGAAAUGGUCGAAUGUAUCAAGGACUAUGUCACCUCGCCCGAUUUUUACCCCAACGUUAUUUCAUUGUUUAUCUCUUCAGCCACCGAACAAUCAAAUCCAAAGUCAUUGAUCGAUCUUGUAGUAUACUUGGUUCAAGAUGCAAAGAUUUUUACUUCCAAUCAAUUUAUUUUAGGAUUCGAAAAGUUUAUUUCAACUUUACCAGAUAUUUUUGAGGAUAGACCUGCAGCAUACGAACCAAUAGGCAAAAUUUGUUACCAUUUCUACAACUCGCAAUUCAUUUCACUUCAACAAUUUUCAUCCACACUUUCGCAACAGGUAGAGAACAUAGAAGGAUCAAUGAUAUCAAAGAUCCUCAUCGAAUUUAUUAAAAUGUUUAACGACACUGGCAAAGCUGUCCAAGCAUUCAACAGUGCCGACCAAUCAAUCUCUACCUUUUAUGGACAGUCUACAGAUCGUACUGUUACCGACACUUUCGACAAAGCAAACCUUUCUUCAUUCUUGAACCAGGUUAAAUUUUAA